AGGUUUUGAUGUUGAUGGUUCUUCCUGGAGCUGGAAACUGGGCUUCCAUGAUGGCUCUCAUAAAUGGCUGGACCAGUGCUGGGGAGAGCGCUCGCCGCCUCUCCACUUCAUCCAACACCUGCCAAGUGGCAGUAGUGGGGCACUCUUCGCAGCGGUCUGUGCCUUUGAACAGUGGCAAAGAAAUUCACAGUAAACAUAGACGUACAGUCGCUAUAUCAAGAGUAAACUGGGCUCGCAGAACCUCUACGGAAAGGCACAGCUUUCCUCCCGUAGUGAUGCAUUUGUCUCAUCUGAGUUAGUAGUGGAGGUCCUCAUGUAAGCCUCCCCCUCCCUUUCUUGCAAAGACCUCCACUGACCUGACACCACCUUCUUCCUCCUCCUCUGCCUCCUCUUCCUCCCUCCAGCUGCCCCUGUGAUGCCUCCCUCGUGCUUUGGCUGUCUGUCACAGUACACCCAUCAUCAUCUGGUGGUUUUCCUCCUCACCUUCUUUAGCUAUGUGUUGCUGCACGCAUCCAGAAAGACCUUCAGCAAUGUGAAGGUCAGCAUCUCGGCCCAGUGGACGCCGUCCGUCCAGAACGACAGCGCUCCUGCGUUCUCUCCGAACGAGACAUGGGAGGACAAUCACCUGUUUGCUGAUGAAAAGCAGGCCACACUUUUUUUGGGAGCUCUGGACUCGAUCUUCCUCUUCUCAUACGCGGUGGGUCUGUAUCUGAGCGGCAUCAUCGGGGACAGAGUCAACCUGCGCUACGUGCUCUGCUUCGGCCUGUGCGGAUCCGCCAUAGUGGAAUUCCUCUUCGGCACCCUGACCGAAUGGCUCCACGUCUACAACGUCUACCUAUACUGUAGCCUGUGGGUGCUGAACGGCCUGCUGCAGUCGGCCGUCUGGCCCUGCGUGGUGGCCGUCAUGGGCAACUGGUUCGGCAAAACGGGGCGCGGCUUCGUGUUUGGACUGUGGAGUGCCUGCGCCUCGGUGGGGAACAUACUGGGUGCCUUUCUGGCCUCAAGUGUGCUCAAGUACGGAUAUGAGUACGCCUUCCUGGUGACUUCUGUGGUGCAGUUUGCUGGCGGGGUGGUGGUGUUCUUUGGCCUCCUAACCUCGCCGAAAGAAGUCGGUUUGCACUUGGAGUUAGAAACCGGACUGAGCCCGGUGGAGACGGACACGGACAGCCACAGGCCGCUGAUGAGUGACGAGGAGGAGGAUGAACAGGAGGUGGAGACGUACAGCCAACGAUGCCGCGCGGAUCAGCCACCGGAGGAGCCUGUGGACGAGCCUCCUCACGCCAUUGGCUUUUUCCAGGCGUUCCGCCUUCCUGGAGUCCUGCUAUACUCCUUGGCGUACGCGUGCCUGAAGCUGGUCAACUACUCCUUCUUCUUCUGGCUGCCGUUCUACCUGAGCAACAACUACGGGUGGAAGGAGGCCAAGGCCGACCAGCUGUCCGUAUGGUACGAUGUCGGCGGAAUCGUGGGGGGAACCCUUCAAGGUCUGAUCUCUGACUUCAUGGGGAAGAGAGCGCCUGUGUUGGUUUUCAGCCUCGUAAUGGCAAUGGGCUCCCUGGUGGGAUACAGCCGCUCUCCUAACGACAAAGUGAUCAACGCAGUGAUCCUGGCGAUCACUGGCUUCUUCAUCGGCGGCCCGUCCAACAUGAUCAGCUCGGCCAUUUCUGCAGAUCUGGGGAGACAGGACAUCCUGAGGGGCAGCCAGGAGGCCCUGGCAACCGUCACCGGGAUAGUGGAUGGAACCGGGAGUAUAGGAGCUGCUGUAGGACAGUACCUGGUGUCGCUAAUUGAGAGCAGACUGGGCUGGAUGAGUGUUUUCUACUUCUUCAUCGUCAUGACAGGGGGCAGCAUUGUCUUCAUCGCGCCGUUGCUUGUUAGAGAACUGCGAGACAUGUGGAGAGACAGGCAAGCUCUGCGCCACCAGCUCUGAGAGCCCGACCGUCGGCUCCGGUUCUACUCAUUAGGUCGGUACCAGGAUCCAGAAGGUUCGCUGUCAGCCAGAACAGAAACAUUAAAACGUACUGUAAGACUUCACUGAGCUCAAUACAGGGAGGGUUUAGCUGAAGCACCUGAGGCGUGUGAAGGGAUUUGGCCUGAGCCAUACUGGUGUACAUAUUUUAACGCUGUAAAUUAAUGUAAAUACUUCUUUUUCCUUAUGCACUUCAGUUGAUGUGAGUCUUAAAUCAGGAACGUAAACGUGAGGCCUGAGGUUAAAAUGAAGAAUGUGAAUAGUGAUUGUAGUUUUGUAAUCUUGCACUCAGAUUUGAGUUUCCUUAAUCGGUGUGAAAAUACUUCAGUGAACCACUUUAAUCUUCGUCUUUGUUUACAAUCGGGGGGGACUGGUCCUAUCGUUCGCUUACGCCACCGACUCGUUUUGUCUUCGCUUUCUUUUCUCAAAAAUGUUUACAAUUUUAGUUUCUGUUUCUUAAUUUGUGACUAACUCACACUCUCUAAAUGUGGCGUGCUCUGUAGGUUUAAACUCACAGCGGCUUCCACAUUUAUCUGAGCCCUCAUAAAAAACCCUAAAAUAAAUGUAAGUUUUUGUUCUGUAGCCUAAACCUGCACCAUAAAAAGAUGCUUUAACUCUCUCUCAGUGAGGGUUGGGUAUAUUCCCUUACAUCUUUUAUUGGCUUUUUACAAACCCAAUAAAAGUAUUUAAAGCAACAAGCUGUUCUUUAAAGAAUCACCCAGAUUAAAACAAUUUAAUUUUAUAGUUUUUUGUUUUUUUAAUGGAGUUAAUUUGAGUGGAAAAAAACUUGAAAAGAAGUAAAACAAUACUUUUUUCAGAAUCAGAAGCUAAUUUUAGCAUUUGGCUACAUGGCCUUUGGAGCAUCCAGCUAACAAAACUCCACUACGUAGAUGUUUGGUGCCUAAAUAUUUAUAAACCGUUUUUUAUAUUUCAAUAAAGAUUUCCGUAUAAAUUUGGGCCCUCAUCCUAAUUUAUCAUAGUUCUGGUUGUUUUCAAUAUUUUUAAUUAUUGGCAGUAUGGACAUGUGAAGAUGAUCAGGGCUUUUGCUAUUUUAUGACAGAUCUUACUUUAUAAGACUGAUGAAGAACCUCUGUGUCAUCUCCUAAUCAAACAAAUUGACAAAUUAGAAACUUCUCAAAUUUAAGUAUUCUUUUUUUUUUUUUUUUGGAAAAAAUAUGUGGUUAAAUUGUAUAUAUUUCUUAUGUAUUUCGGUCCAAAGAGCAAAGAAAUUUUGUCAAGACCCACUAAACCUUUUAACUCUUGGUGAGAAAAAAAAAUCUGUUUGUCCACCAAAUAAAACUUGGUUUUAUGAAAACAAAUUAAUUAUUUUUUUACAUUUAAGAGUAAAAAUUGUUAACAUUUUGUCAAGGAUAAAAGUCUUUGUCUCAUAAAAUGAGGCCAUUUGAGUCCUGUCCAAAUAUAGAAACUGUAGAAAAGCAGUCGGCUGCUUAAAAAUACAGGACAAGCUUGAAAUUGAAUUUCUACAACAGAAGGAAACUAACGCUAAAAUUAUUUUAGAUUUUUAUUUUUCUGUCAUUAGGUUGAAAACCGCUUUCCACAAACGUCAGCAUCACAUGGAGGAAAAUGUUUCCUUAAUUACUUAUUUCAAAUUAAUUACUUUGGAAGUAAUUAAUUUUACUUUAAGUAAAAAUUUUCCAUCAUUACUGCAGAGAAAAAUAAUUAGCUGUAACGUUUUGUGUAUCAUUUGAUCAGGGAUGCAAAUAAAUGUGAAGAGAGUUGUAUCUUUAUCCAGGCUGUGCCAUAGACUUUCCAUUUAUUUUUGGCUAAGUGUAAAAUCAAACCUUUAUAACCAGUGCAACCAGAAUAUUAAAUUUUGCCAGUUGCCUACUUCUUUUCAUGACUAGAAGUAGAUAUCGUUUGUCAAAAUGAUUUUUUUUGUUGCAUUAAUUUUAAUGCCAUCUGAUAUCACUAUAUAUUCAACUGUAACUCUGUUUAUGGGAGGAGCCAAACACAUGUAAUAGAUUGUAAAAUAAUUAGGUGUGAAAUUUCUCUUCUGUAUUUUUUUAAUGGUUUCAUUUAUGUGCAUCUUUUAACUGUAACGUUUGAAAUAAAUGCAAAGUCACCUUCAAGCUACAAGCAGUUUUGCGUCAGGUCCGCUAGGGGGCGCAGGUUAAACUUCAAAUUCCACCUUUUCCUUGGAUUCUCUCAAAGCCAGUCAUGCGAGAUCUACAGCGAUGUGAUUUCUCUUUAUAUUUAUUUAUUGAUGAAACAAACCAAAUGAAAUGUGUUAUGAAAAGCAGGAGAGCAACAAUACAAAUAUCAUCCAAAAAGAUGGCGAUACAAAGAUACACGAACCAGCAUUAAAUUACAGUAGAAUUAUUACAAAAUGGUGUACAAAUAUCUUACAUUCAUGCAUGUACAAAAUAAAAUAAACACUUUUGCUAAAGCUGCAAAAUAAUAGUUCGCAGCCUCUGGAAACGGAUUCAUUGUUUUAUUUUAUUUUAUUUUUUUUCCCAAUACACUUUAACAAGGAAUAAUGUGGAUACAAUAAGCUGAAAGUCUCUGCUGCCCUGUGUCUGUUUUCCGCAGAUUUUGCGAUCACAAUAAAAGUAGUUCUUAGAUAAAUAGUGCAAAGAUAUAUAUAUAUAUUUUUUUAAAGUAAUCUGACUUUAUAGUUAGGGGGAAAAUAGAUAAGAAACUUUGAAUUAUGUUCCUGCUGUUUGAAAACUCUUGGCACACAUUGACAGAUUUAUCAUUAAGCUACUAAACAAAAAGGAUGGAAAAAUCCUUUGAUGGAGAUUUAGGGGUCUAGGUGUGACAUUUUCUCAGGACGGUCUGUAUUUUUUUAACCCACUCCCCCCUCAAUGCCGCUCCACUCGCUCGAUCUAUUCUGGGAAAGCAGUCACACAAAAAGUGAAGCAAGACGAAAGCAGUCAAACCCACCCGCCCACCCCAUGUUCUGACACACUGACUGUUUUACCUGAUGCUUUUUCACCACAACAGAACACGACUCUCUCUUUAGUCUUCGCUUUCAUGGCCGCCAAACACAAACAAACUCAGCUUUUUACCUUGUCUCUGUAUUGUUGAACAACCUUAUUGAGGUAGUAUUAGAGGAUAAAUCCAGCAUAUGGCUAGUUAUUUUUAAUUACUGCUGCAAUAUCCUGUUGAAGAAACAAUCCAGUGGUGUGAAGGUUUUUUUUUCCCCCACUAAUGUUCACUAGAACUGCUAAUCCUGCUUUGUUUGAAUGACAUCACAAGGGGCACAAGACAUGGAAACACAGGAAUAGAUGAAAGAAUAUAAUACAAUACAGCGUAAACAAAACAACUUGCAUCUGUGGUCUAAUGUGAUGCCUUCAGGGGCAUGUCUGCAUUAAACCUGUUUUUUUUCCAGGAGUAUCUAGAUUUUAAAGACAUUUUACAACAAAAUGGUAAAAAAAAAAAA